UUGCCGUGGCCACACACACACCCCUGAUGUCUAUCUUCUUCUUCUCCGUACGGUAACUCAUUGUCACGAAUAAUAUCCUGCGGCUCUGAUUUCAUCUCCUUCUUCCGAUACAUCACUUUAUAAUUCAUCAUUAUUUGCUCAAUUCUCUAUGCGAAUCUUCUGAAGCGUCGUUAAUAUCACCGGCAGAUAAGGUCUGAAUUGCCAGCUUAAAAGGGACAUUUCUGCAAGUUAUACUUAAGUUCUUGUCAGAUUCGGAAGGUGAUAUUGGUGAUAUUUGGACACCAUAUUAUAUCAAGUUGCAAGUUCCAAUCAUCAUGCCUGAGCGUGAAGCAAGAUCACUACAUGUUAACAAUGGGAAAUCCGUGCAGCCUGUAAAUCCUCACCAAUCUGCGUGGUUGACGCAUUGGACAGGAACACGAUUUGAAUCGACCACACAUGAUCAUUUAACUCAGCUUGGUAGAAGCGAAGUAGAUGAUCAAGAUAUCAAGAAACACCUGCCAGGAAUCGAAAUAGCAUCUGAUAAUUUUGGAUCUUCUAAAGGCAUCAGAGAUGUGGAUUUGGCAAUGAGUUUAAAGAAACCCGGUAGUCAAUCGUUUCCAUUUUUCAAGCGUGGUCAGGAAAGUGGGAGAAGUUCCAUAUCGAAUGAAGGUGGAGAAACUAGAGGAGGGCAAGCAUUAGAAUCUCAAGUUUCUUUAAAGAAGUUGACGACCACUUUGAAUGCAGAAACGUCGUCAAGAGAAUGCCAUUUUCAACCGGAAAGUGUAUCACAGAUUCCUAUAGAGCAGGUGAAAUAUCACAUGUUUUUUGGCGAUGGCAGCUACUCUGGCUCAAGGCUUUCCAAGGAGAAGUUUGCUAACAGCCACACAACCCAUGGACCGGAAAAUUUCCGCCAGCUGACGUCAGCCUUUGCGUCCAAAGAGCACUUGCCUGAAACUAAUUUCUUGGAACAACAACACCCAAGUUAUUGCAGUCACUCUGCUGCUUUGGUUGGCGAGCGAAAUUUGAAUAACUUCCCAAAACACGAAAAGUCCGAGAUGCCGCCUUUUUUAAGACAGAACAAAGCAGCCGUUAUGAAGAAUGACCCUUCUACAAGCCGUUCACCAGCGUUUAUUGAAGAACAGUACAAGAGGAUGCAAAAACAUAUCGGAAUGGGAUUCUUUCCACAUCAAACGGGUACCUCAGAAACGACCAAAUCAGGGAGACCAUGCUCAUUUCAAGAUGUUCCUCAAUUUAUUCAUGAUGUGGAGAUGGCAAGGAUGAGUGCCCCUCUAAGCUCUGUACAGGGAUUAGCAGGUGGUCUUCACAGUUUUUCUAGAACAACUCACAGUUUAUUAAUCACGAAGCAGACAGAUGGUAAAUUGUAUCAAGAAAACCAGAUCUUUAGAGAGUCCACGGUAUCCAGCCAACUUAAAGGAGAUGGUCUCAGGGAGCUUAAUUGCAUCCCUCCACUCGUUACUCAUGGUCAACGAGGAGUAAAGCUUCAACUGUUAGAUUCAUCAGAUCACGAAUCACAGGAAAACGUUGAAGACGUAAAAGCUGUUGGAGAAGUUCAGAAAAAUGAGUCAUCAGCUGAUACCGAUGCCAUGGACAUGGAAUCUUUUAAGGAGAAUUGCGUUUCUGGUAAAAAAUUUGUUGAUGCAUGUGUACAUUUGAUCUCACCGAACAAGAACGUCAUGAUGGAGUCAAAUUUACCCCUUCAAUCUCCAGUUAACUUAUCAACAGAGAAAGAUACAGGCAAAAAGCUUAUGAUUGAACUACCCGAUAUAAACUUAGACCUUUCUGCUCUACCUGCUGCAUCUAUCUCAACCGAGAAACCCGAGCCGUGCUCCUCAAGAACUCAAAGUUUGGAUAUGAACACACUGCAAUUCAAUGUUGACCAUUCAAGUAACUCAAAGUCGGAUGAAUGUUCAGAUAGUAACCUGGGUUCAGAGCCAGGAAGCAGAUGGAUCAAGCGUCUCAAGUUAAGUGCUUCAAGUUCUCUUGCUCUCGGCACCAAAACCUCAAAAUUGGCCGAAACAUCAUCUAACGGAAAACAGAACGAGUUCUUUACCAGAGUCGUGGAACACAAUCCCAAACCCGUGUUGGAUAUACGCAAUGGUAAAGAUUCAGAAUCUCUUAGCGGUAAAUUCCAACUUAAAGAAUCAGUUUUCCAGACAGGUGAAUGCAGCACUAAAGAGCAACACCCUUCAAUGGUGUCGUUAGAAACAAAGCGGGAGAACAAGGAUAUAACGCUUUCACAUUCUUGGAUUCAAAGAUGGAGUCAUACCCAGAAUCAAAAGAAUCAGAAAACCGUGGAGAUUUGCAAGCCGGAGGAGAACUCCAAACCAGCACCGGAGGAGUUUGAGAAAAGGCAGUUUCCGAGCAUCGCUGCAAUGGCUCUAAUGGGAAAGGCCAUGACCGGUUUUCAACAGUGCAAGUUUCAGAAGAAGGAAUCUUGUGUCGUUUGGAACACCAAGUCGUUUGAACAAUGAUAGAUCGAAUUUCAGUUUUGUUUGACGAGAUUCUGUAGGCGUCGCCCUUGCCGGAAUCGAGCAUUUAUCGGUAAUCUAUCUGCCUUUUCUUCGUUUCGGACUUGAUUGUAUCUACUUGAUUCUGGCUUUUAUUAGUGUGGGUGCUUUUAUGAAAUAACGAAUUCUGUUUUCUGCUUGC